CCAUAUAAAACAAAAUAAAAAAACACAAAAACCCUUAAACCCUAGAAGCUGCCGGCGACUGCUUCUAGACCCUUCAUUUCCUUUUAAAAGCACCACUCCUCUCCCACGCUUCUCCUGAUCUGUCUCAGUCUCUCUUUUGAAGUCUGCCAUUUCUCCCAUCACAAUCAUGUACCGCUUCGCCUCAAGCCUCGCCUCCAGAGCUCGGGUCGCUAGGAACGGUGCCCAGCAGGUUGGUAGCAGAUUGAGUUGGAGCAGGAAUUAUGCGGCCAAAGACAUCAGAUUCGGAGUGGAAGCCCGGGCUCUUAUGCUUAAGGGCGUGGAAGAGCUAGCCGAUGCUGUCAAAGUCACCAUGGGUCCUAAGGGACGUAAUGUGGUAAUUGAACAAAGUUGGGGUGCCCCAAAAGUUACAAAAGAUGGUGUAACCGUUGCAAAGAGCAUUGAAUUCAAGGACAAAGUCAUGAAUAUUGGUGCCAGCCUUGUGAAACAGGUUGCAAAUGCCACCAAUGAUACAGCAGGGGAUGGGACAACCUGUGCUACAGUACUUACCCGAGCAAUAUUUGCCGAAGGGUGCAAGUCAGUUGCUGCUGGAAUGAAUGCAAUGGACCUAAGACGUGGUAUUACCAUGGCAGUUGACGCUGUUGUUACACAUUUGAAGAGCAGAGCACGAAUGAUCAGCACAUCUGAAGAAAUAGCACAGGUUGGGACAAUAUCUGCAAACGGAGAGAGAGAAAUUGGUGAGUUGAUUGCAAGGGCCAUGGAGAGAGUUGGCAAAGAGGGAGUAAUCACAAUCCAAGAUGGAAAAACAUUGUAUAAUGAGUUGGAAGUUGUUGAGGGCAUGAAGCUAGAUAGGGGUUACAUAUCCCCUUAUUUCAUUACCAACCAGAAAACCCAGAAAUGUGAAAUGGAAGACCCUCUCAUUCUAAUUCAUGAGAAGAGGAUCUCAAGUUUAAAUGCUAUCGUUAAAGUAUUGGAGCUGGCUUUGAAGAGACAAAGGCCCUUACUAAUUGUUGCUGAAGAUGUGGAAAGUGAGGCUUUGGCAACUCUUAUCCUGAAUAAGCUUCGUGCUGGAAUCAAGGUUUGUGCUAUUAAAGCUCCUGGUUUUGGUGAAAACAGGAAAGCUGGUCUACAGGAUCUAGCUGUUCUUACAGGAGGAGAACUUAUUACCGACGAGCUUGGCAUGAAUCUUGAAAAAGUGGAUCUGGAUAUGCUUGGCACUUGCAAGAAGGUCACAAUAUCAAAAGAUGACACUGUUAUUCUUGAUGGUGCUGGCGACAAGAAGGGUAUUGAGGAAAGAUGUGAACAGAUCCGGUCAGCAAUUGAAAAUUGCACUUCUGAUUAUGACAAAGAAAAGCUACAGGAGAGAUUGGCAAAGCUUUCUGGUGGUGUUGCUGUACUGAAGAUUGGAGGAGCUAGUGAAACUGAAGUUAGUGAGAAAAAGGAUAGAGUGACAGAUGCCUUAAAUGCCACAAAGGCAGCUGUAGAGGAGGGUAUAGUACCAGGUGGUGGUGUUGCCCUUCUUUCUGCAUCGAAAGAGUUGGAUAAGCUGGAAACUGCCAACUUUGACCAGAAGAUCGGCGUUCAGAUUAUUCAGAAUGCUCUGAAGACACCCGUGUACACAAUUGCUUCUAAUGCUGGAGUUGAGGGGGCUGUUGUUGUUGGUAAGCUGUUGGAAGAAAGUGACCCUGACAAAGGCUACGAUGCAGCCAAAGAUGAAUAUGUUGAUAUGGUCAAAGCUGGAAUAAUUGACCCAGUGAAAGUAAUUAGGACUGCUUUGGUUGAUGCCGCAAGUGUGUCGUCUUUGAUGACAACCACUGAAGCUGUUGUGACUGAAAUACCAAAGGAUGAGAAAGAGGCUCCAGCAAUGGGUGGUGGCAUGGGUGGCAUGGGUGGCAUGGAUUAUUGAGGACCCUUCCUAGUCAUCCAACUGGAUUUUUGUUUCUUGUUUGGUUUGUUCAUGGUAUCCAUGUAACCAUAGUAAAAAAAACAAUGUAGGUAGCUUGGUGAUUUAGGAUAAAACUUGUGAUUGUUGCUCCGCUGAGGAAUCAAGAUGUAUCGGGACUAAUUUUUUUUUUCCCCCAAAUAAAUCAUUGUUUUCCUUAUAUAAUUGGGACUUGAAGGUUUGUUUUGUUAGGUC